AGACCCUGGCAGUAGACUGGGCAGUGUGGCAGCUGCUAAUGGUGGCGGUCCUGAUUGGAAGGACCGGAGGGGUGGACGUCAAGCGGCCGCGAGACAGAGCCGCGGUCUUCGCAGACCUGAACCCUGCCGAGAUGGUGGCCGUACGCAACUACCUGUGGUCCAAGAAGAAGCUGGACCUGAAGCCGGCCAACGAGACCACGAUGGCUAAGAACUCGGUGUUCCUCAUCGAGACACGGCUGCCCAGAAAGGACGAGGUGUUGAACUUCCUGGACAAGAACGGGUCGCUCCCGACCAGGGAGGCUCGAGUCAUCAUCUUCUUCGGAGCCCGGAAGCCUCCCCGAAUCUCUGAGUAUACGGUGGGCCCCCUGCCCAGGCCCUCCUACCUGAAGCAGGUGGUCCCGGUCCAGCCCGCUCACAUCCCGACAUGGACCUCGCGUCCCGUGUCGGCGGUGGAGCACAUGUUCAUGGACAAGGUGAUGAAAAAGGCCACCGAGCCCCUCUACAGGCUCCUGGUGGAGACCACCGGCUUCUGGUUCCACAACUGCACGGACCGCUGCCUGGUCCUGUCCGACGUGGGGCCGCGGGGCGUCGAAUCUGGCCAGCGGCGCACCUGGUUCAUCGUGCAGAGGUUGGUGGAGGGGCUUUACCUGCACCCCAUCGGGCUGGAGCUGCAGCUCAAUCACAAGGACUCCGACCCCGAGUCGUGGCGAGUGGAGCAGGUGUGGUUCCAGGGACAGUAUUUCUCCAGUCCCCAGGAUCUAGCGCGGUGGUACGCGACCGAGCCGGCGAGCGCGUUGAAGUUGGAGGAGUUGCCCCUCGAGGGCGAUGGGGACACCGAGGAGCGGCCCCUCUUCUCCUCCUACCGGCCCCGCGGCUCCUUCCCCAACUCCACCCUCGUGAAGGGCCCCCGGCUGAUCGAGCCCCAGGGCCACCGCUACCGGGUGGAGGGCAACGCCGUGGUCUACGGGGGCUGGAGUUUCGCCUUCCGUCUACGCUCGUCCAUCGGCCUACAGCUGCUGGACCUGCGCUUCGGUGGGGAGCGAGUGGCCUACGAGGUGAGCGUGCAGGAGUCGGCGUCGUUGUACGGUGGGCACACGCCCGCGGGCAUGCAGAGCAACUUCAUGGACUCGGGAUACGGGAUGGGCAGCUCCACGUUCGAGCUGGCCCCCGGCAUCGACUGUCCCGAGAGGGCCACAUUCCUGGACGCCCACCACUACUACGACGCCGACGCCCCCGUCCUCUACCGAUGUGCCCUCUGCAUCUUCGAGAUGCCCACCGGGGUUCCCCUGCGGCGCCACUUCGACUCCAACUUCAGAGGGGGCUACAAAUUCUAUGCGGGGCUGGAGGGCCAGGCCCUGGUGGUCCGUACGAUCACCACCGUCUACAGCUACGACUAUAUCUGGGACUUCGUCUUCCACCACAACGGGGUGAUGGAGGCCAAGAUGCAGGCCACCGGCUACAUCUACAGCACUUUUUACAUGCCGGACGGGCUGCGUUAUGGCACUCGCCUCCACACCCACCUCCUGGGCAACGUGCACACCCACCUGGUGCAUUACCGCGUCGACCUGGACGUGGCAGGCACCCAGAACAGCUUCGAGACGCUGGAGCGGAAGCUGGAGAAGAUCGCCAACCCCUGGAGCCCGGGGCAUCAAGUGCUGCAGCCAACCCUGGAGCGGAUGAAAUACAGCACUGAACGCCAGGCCGCCAUCCCUACCACCGUCCAGUCCCCCGGCCUACUGCUCUUCACCAACCAAGAGAAAAACCGCUGGGGCCACCCCCGCAGCUACCGCCUGCAGCUCACCUCCGUCGCUACCCCGCUGUGGCCUGGCAACUGGAAGGAGGAGCAGGGCAUCACUUGGGCCAGGUGCAUAGGGUUGCAUCCCCUGCCUCCCUGCAGGUAUCAGUUGGCCGUAACCACGUACCAGGAGUCGGAGCUCCGGAGUAGCAGCAUUUUCAACCAGAAUGACCCCUGGCAUCCACCCAGGGUCUUCGAGGAUUUCCUAAGCAACGACGAGAACAUCGAGAACAAGGACCUGGUGGCCUGGGUGACGGUGGGCUUCCUGCACGUCCCCCACUCCGAGGAAGUCCCCAACACGGCCACGCCGGGAAACUCAGUGGGUUUCCUGCUCCGCCCCUUCAACUUCUUCCCCGAGGACCCGUCCUUGGCCUCCCGAGACGCCGUGAUCGUGAGGCCCCAGCCCAGCGGCCCCCCCUUCAUCCAGCGCUGGACCCCGGAUGUAGUUGGGACCUGUGGGCCGACCGCCCCGUUCAGUUAUGAUGGCACCUACCUCCCCGUGUGAUGGCCCC